UCUAACCCUCACCGACUGCCCCAGUAGUCAGAACAGCUCAGGUCUAGCAAGGUCUGGGAUUCCUUCAUCUGCAAAGAGGGGAGUUCCUGAAAAGGGUACUUGGGAAACAUGCCUUCUAAAUGAUGCAACGGCUCAGGUUUAACAAGUGGCCAAAGAACCGGGGCCUUCCAACCAGACUGAGUGAAAUUUAGCCUCCUUCUCUCCAAUGACCGAUGAAGCACUCUUGCAGGGUGGGAGGUUACUUUAGCAUAGCUGCUGGCUUAGUCUGGCGAUGCAUAUUUCCAGUGACUUUCAGAGGAGCUGAGGCGGUGGGGGCGCAGAGGACUCAGCCCUUUCCCUUCCCUUCUGCAGGAUCCAGCCCUCCUCCUCUGUUUGUCCUCGCUUCGGUCAUCCUGGUCCUGCAAUGGCCGCAGGGAGCCGCCUCCUUCCACUCCAUGCCCCUCUCCAGCCUCUUUGCCAACGCGGUCCUGCGCGCUCAGCACCUGCACUUGCUCGCCGCCGAUACUUUCAAGGAGUUUGAACGGUCCUACAUCCCAGAAGACCAGCGGAACUCCAAGAACUCCCAGUCAGCCGUCUGCUAUUCUGAAAACAUCCCAGCCCCCACAGGGAAGGAUGACGCCCAGCAAAAGUCGGAUAUGGAACUGCUCAGGUUUUCACUCACCCUCAUUCAGUCGUGGCUCAGUCCAGUGCGGUUCUUAAGCAGGGUGUUCACUAACAAUCUCGUCUUUGGGACUUCAGACAGAGUCUAUGAGAAACUCCAAGACUUGGAAGAAGGGAUUCGGGUCCUCAUGCAGGAGGUGGGGGACGGGAGCUCCCGGGGCCUUCAUCUCCUCAUGCACAGCUAUGACAAGUUUGACGCCAGCCCCCAGAACGAAGCCUCGCUGAUGAAAAACUACGGCCUCCUGUCCUGCUUCAAGAAGGACCUGCACAAAGUGGAGACCUACCUGAAAGUCAUGAAAUGCCGGCGUUUUGGGGAAAUGAACUGCACCUUCUGAGGGCCAAUAAAAGACCCCCUCUGCCUCGUGCCUUUCUCCAAGGCCUGCUGAGGCCACCUCCGCUGCAGUCUCCUGUAACUAAGGAAAUACCGAGCCAAACGGAGAGCAAAGCAUGCUGCCUUUCAUAGCUCCACUGCUUGUAAGAAACUGCCACAUGCCCCCUUCGUGCGUGGAAGGACGAAUGCAGUUGGGCCUGUACGAAAAAUAAAUAAAUAAACCUGCUGUCAGCUUAA